AUGUCUGACCGAGCCCUGCCGCCUGCCCAGCAGGGCACGAAGCGCACCUUAUCCGGCUCCACCCGCCCCAAGCACCACACCGUCGCCUCCAAGGCCUCGAGCUCGCACCUCUCCCACGCGCCCUCGUCCGUCUCUUCGGCCUCGCUGCUGCAGGAGGAGUCGCCCGUCACCCCCGACAUCUUCGCCCACAUCGAUGCCAUCAAGCACAUCGACGACAAGCUGAUCUUCGAGCUGCUCCGCAGCGCUCGCUUCUACGCAAGCAUUGGGCCUGGCGCAAGCCCCUCGGCCGACUCCAGCAGGCCCGCCUCCACCGUGCCCAGCCUGUGCUCCGACAACCGCUCUUCCAUUGCCUCCUCGGCCAUGUUCUCCCUCUUCAGCAAGCCGAGCCUCGGCUCUCUGCGAUCUGCUGCCUCGCAGCCCGAGUCCUCCAGCCUGUCGCGGAGCAAGUCCCACAUGGAGCUUCGCCAGGCUCGUCAGCCAUCCAUCAAGUCGGACCGCUCGACUUCCUCGGCAAGCAACUCUUCUCUCGGCAGGUCGCGUUCUGUUCGCCAUGACUCGGCCUCCACCGCCGAGAAGCCGCUCCCCCCCGUGCCCAUGAAGGAUGUCCAGGGCCAGUCCGUGCCGCCACAGGUCACGCAACCAACCAAGAACUAUGCCUGCACCUUCUGCGAGCAGACCUUCAAGCACCGUGCAUACUGGCUCUGCCACGAGGAGGAGCUGCACGAGCAGCCCCGUCGCUGGACCUGCCCUGACUGCUACCGCAGCUUCUUCGCCGAGAAGAAGUACCGCAAGCAUCACUACGAGUCGCACGGCUGCUCCAGUUGCGGCAUGAAGAAGGAUGCCGAGCGUACACUGAACGUUACUGAGCGCUGUUCCAUGCAAGGCGUCAUCGAGGGCAGGGAGGGCAAGCCUGUCCGCAACAAGACCUGUGCUGAGAAAGCCAUGCUUCGCGUUCACAACAAGAAGGCUUACGGCUGCGGCUUCUGCGUGACUCUGUGCCGCAGCUGGAGCGAGCGUUGUGACCACGUCGCCCGCCACUACGAGACCGGCGUUUCAAAGAACGAUUGGUGCUUCACUAGUGUCGUCAAGAGCCUGCUUCUCCAGUCCGAGCUGGCCAUUGCCUGGGAGAAGCUGUUGACAAAGGAGCACGGUAUGGACAAGGCUUCCUGGCCAACCUUUGUCUGGGACAAGCGGGAGGCGCGCGACUUGGUGCGCUCCAUGGAGCAGAACGGUAUGAUUCACGAGAAGGUCAAGGAGAUCGCGCGCAGUGCCUACGACCACGCCCACGUUGAGGAGACCAAGAGGACCGACGAGACUCCGUCGCUGCCGACAGACAUUGCGCCGCCGAAACAGGAGCCCGUUGAGGAGCAAACCCCGGCACCUGCCGCCCAAUAUCUCCUUCCCAUGCCAACAGAGCAACGCCCGCACUCCACCCCGGUUCUCUCUCAGCAGCCAAUGCAGUUCCCCCACCACCCCCACCACAGCACUUUCUCUGUUUCCUCCAUGCCAGACCCGCCAGCCGCCUACACCGGCCAGCGCGCGUCAAAGGAGUUUGAGCUGCUCAGCCAGGCCAUUGACGAGCAAUUAGCGUCAGGUCCUUUUGUCGUCGACUUUGACUUCGCCCCAGGCUGGGACCCCAUGCAGAUGUCACCGCAGCCGCCGCCACACCAGGAGGACAUCGUCGCCUUCACGCAUCCUGGCGCCUACUCGGCAUUCACCGCCGCGCAUCCCGACAAGGGAGCGUGGCCGCUGUAG